UAAAUAUAGAUUGCAAACAUAAUCGGACGACGACGAAAAAAAGCGGAGCUGAACUAACUGAAAAUUUGUGAAUGUGAGGAACCGGUGCUGAUGUUCCACAAAACAGACUGAAAAAUGUCCUUCGUUCGUCGUCUUAAUGCCCAGAUUUUCUGUGUUAUUUUUGGUUGGGUACGUGAAACGUUGGAUGGAUGAGAACCCACAGUGUUGGUCUUGACUUGGAGAUCGUUUCGUUUGUAUGCAAAUAAUGCAUUGUAUUCGUAUACGUCGCGAUUACAGCUGAUCAGCGUGCGUGUUGUGACUGUUUACCCCGGCCUGGCACGGGGCUGGCCCUGGGCUUGAUUCGGACAAUUCGCGGACACGAUCGUAUGAACAUUUCACCGCUGCACCACAACACCGAUAAUGAGGUUCACUGAGCACUUAGGUGCCCACCUCACACCAGAAUGGCGUAAACAAUAUAUCAAAUAUGAGGAACUGAAAAUUUUGCUGUAUGAUGCCCAGGAGGAGUCUCCAGACCCUGAGGUGGCUGGGGAGGCGAUGGUGGAGCGACAUUUUGCCCGAUUCGAGGAGAAGUUUCUGAAACUCUGCGAGAAGGAAUUGACCAAAAUCAACACUUUCUUCAGUGAGAAGGAGGCUGAAGCCAUGCGCCGCUUCGCACAGCUCACAGACGAGCUGCGACAGGUGGACUCGCAGACGGUGGCCAACAGCGCCGCGCUGCGCCGUCGUCGUAGCUCCAUGUUCAUCCUGGACAACAGCGAGGUCAAGGUCGCCAAGUCGGACCGACGGAAGGUCAGCGACCUCAAACUGGCCUUCAGCGAGUUUUACCUCAGCCUGAUCCUGCUACAAAACUAUCAGAAACUGAACUUCACGGGGUUCCGUAAGAUCCUGAAGAAAUACGACAAGAUGAUGAAGAGCACGCGAGGGGCGGAGUUUCGGGUAGCCAAGGUGGAGCCGGCGCCGUUCUACACCAACAAACACGUCGACAACCUCAUCUUGGAAACAGAGACGUCUUACAUCAAUGACUUGGAGGAGGGGAACAGACAGAAAGCUAUGAACAAAUUACGGGUACCGCCCCUAGGGGCAAAGGGCACAAACUGGACCACGUUCCGCAUGGGUUUAUUUUCAGGCAUCUUCCUGGUUCUUCUGAUGCUUAUCGUUUUAGCAGGUAUAUUUAUCCCGAUCCACGAGGACUGUUGGCCGGCAGUGCGCAUGUACCGCGGAAUGUUCCUCAUAAUCCUUCACAUCUUCCUGCUGGGGCUGAACACGUACGGCUGGCGCAAAUGCGGCGUCAACCACGUGCUUAUAUUUGAGCUGGACCCUCGGAAUAAUUUAUCACACGAGGAUUUUAUAGAGAUGUCAAUGUUUUUCGCUGACCUGUGGGGCAUCAGCAUUCUAGGCUUCAUCUAUCUGAGUUUAUGGCCCAGCGUGCCCAGUUACAUCAGCCCUCUCAUCCUAGCAGGGUUUAUGCUGGCGUUUCUGCUCAACCCAACCAAGACGAUGAAUCACAGAGCCCGGUUCUGGCUUCUUAGAAUACUGGCUCACAUAUUAGUGGCGCCGUUUCACGCCGUCGGCUUUGCAGAUUUCUGGCUGGCCGAUCAACUCAACAGUUUAACGACGGUCUUACUAGACAUGGAGUUCCUUAUAUGCUAUUACAUCUGUGAAGUCGGCUGGGUACAAAAUCAAUGUUACUAUAGGUGCAACACCUAUUCAUAUUUUGCAAGGGCCAUAGUCGCCUGUCUUCCAGCCUGGUUCCGGUUCGCCCAAUGUCUUAGAAGAUACCGGGACACCAGACAGGCCUUUCCUCAUCUGGUCAACGCGGGGAAGUACUCCACGACCUUCUUCGUGGUAAUAUUCGCUUCGCUGGUGUCCACUACGAUAGACGAUUAUGCUCAUUUUUACCAGAACCCGUUGUUCUACAUAUGGAUGCUGAGCGCGUUCAUCAGUUCCUGUUACACGUUGACGUGGGAUCUUAAGAUGGAUUGGGGUCUGCUGGAAAUAUCCGCAGAGAGCAAGCUACUACGCAAAGAGAUCGUCUACUGGGAUAAGUAUUAUUACUUUGCCAUGGUGGAGGACUUUCUGCUACGGUUUAUUUGGACGGUCAGCGUCUCUUUAGAGCUACUAGGAGCGGUACAUGGGGACAUACUACGGAGUAUCUUGGCACCCUUGGAAGUAUUCAGAAGAUUCGUUUGGAACUUUUUCCGUUUGGAGAACGAGCACCUGAACAACUGCGGUCAGUUCCGUGCCGUGAGAGACAUCUCCAUCAAACCGGACAAGGAGAAAGAGGAGGAGAACCCCAAGAGGGUGGAGGACAUGAUGGAUGACGAGGGCCAGGUACCGCUCCGCAAACACAAGGAGAGCAGAGGGGAAGUCAGAUUUGACGAAACUUACCUGCGUCAGCGAAUCACCUCGUCAGAGGAGGAUCAGGAAAACAAGAAUAACAGUAGCGGUUUUGAAUUGAGCAACGGUCCAGAAAUACGCAACACGGCUGUCAGGAUACGAUUCCAGCUUGGUGAUGAUGACGGUGGAAACAACGAGGCCGAGGUGUGACGGAUGUGGUCCUGGAAUUUGGCGUGGCCUGGAAAUGGUGUUGGGGCAUGGCGCUGAUGGGUUUGACCUUAAAUGGGUGCAACUGUAAAUUGGCAUGGCCUUCUUUGGCACGACCAUAAAAUGGGUGUGGCCUUAAGUGGGUGUGGCCUUAAGUGGGUGUGGCCUGAUGUGCAUGGCCCAAUGGACAUGGCCUGAAGGGCGCUGUCCCACAUGGACAUGGGCAGGGUGUAGUUGAUGGCAGGGACAUUCUUGUCAAGCAUAAAAAUUUGAAACAACUGAGGUGGUGCUUACGAAAGACGACAGGCUUUGGUAUUGAGGAUGUGGCAAGCAAAAGGGUGUGGCCUUGUGUGGGCGUGGCCUAGUGCAUGAUAUGAGCAACGCGGAGGACACUCUUAAACAAAACUAAUGAGACAUUUUUUGGUUAAGAGUGUGGGCAGUGUUAGGCCUGGCAUAAAGGGGCGUGGCCAGGAGCAGUCUUCAUCAGUGGACGGUAGUUUGUUUCCUACAUCUAUCCUCGGUUGGAAGAUGCAGUCAUUCGCUACUUAUCUCAACUCACAUUAAAAGAAACAAAAUUGUACCGAAGACGAUGAAUCACUCACCACUAUGAUAUAGACUUCACCUCAAGCGGCACAGCUACUGUCCGUCUACUAUGCAAACAUUUUAUAUCGUAGAUUAAUGGCUCAUUUAGACAAAUUUGAGAAAUGAAAAAAAGUUGACUUUAUAAUGAUCCCCGGCUGCAAUUGCCAAAGUUUGCAGCAUUACGGUAUGUGUUAGAAUAGGGACUCUGGGUGCAGCCCCUGGCUAGUGCCCAUGACAAAGAAAAACCUCAAAAAAAUAAUCGUAAAACAGCAACAACUGGUGUUUAGUUGAUAGGAGAAACUGCAAUGUACAGACCAGUGUAGACACUUUACAGCACUUGCUUGGGUUUUCCUAGUAUAACAA